AGCGUGAUCAGGAUUACAGUAAAACAGUUUGUUUUUGGGAUCUUCGACAAAGGUAUAUGACAUUAAAAUGACACUCAGCUCUGACAAUUAGCUGUUUUUUUGUCCCUCUUUUUCAGAUUUUAUGGCAAUGCGUGUUGUGAUUAAUAAGCAAAUUCUUCAUAAAUGUAUUGUUGGGAGAUUAUUAGCUUAUCUAAAAUAAUUAACUUCAUCAAAUCAUUAAAUUUAGUCCAUUGGGAUUGUGAAGGAAAAACGGUAAACAUAUGAGGACCACAUAACUCACCAUAAUUUGUACAAGCGUUGUGACUGAGCAGUGGUUUUCAGAUCAGGGGUAAGUGGUGUGUCUAGUUGCUAGGUAACAGUUAAUGUAGACCAAAAAUGGCUGUCUCAUUUGUGUCUUUGAUGGACUAGAUGUUACAUUGUAGGGUUUAAAAGCCAAGGGUUGUUGUUUUGUUGGUGUUCAAUUUAUGUCAUGCAAAUCAAAAUGAUAAUAGAGGCAUUCCAGUAUUAGUUGCUAACAUGUGUGCUGCUGUUUGUGACACUUUGUUUGCACUCGGACUACACAUGGAGGUGUAGAUUUCAUGUCUACAUUUUGGGUUGGUUUGUUUGAGAAAAAGAAAAUAAAUGAGGAGGUACAGAUUUAAUUUUGCAAUGUCACCUGACGCAAUGUAUUUGACAGCAUAAUGUGAAAAGUGAUAUGACAAACUGAAUGAUAAAGAAAUAACCCAAAUGUCUGAUGGAUCCUGUUGUGUUGGGAAAUAGAUGUCGCUUAUCCCUGUCCUGCUGCUGGAUAACAGAGAGAGGGAGCAGGAUAAGCCAGAAGGGUCAUAGGAUAAGAGGUCUUCUCUGUUACCACAAAUCCCAGAUUACAUCCAAAUGGGACAAUGCCAUGGCUGGACACCGAUCUGUCAUGAAGACCGGCCCACACACACUCACAGAGGAGUCAUCCAGCGUUCGGCCUCAACCAGCUGAGAGGACAACAAAGCGGAUGGCAUCUCUCAAAAGUGUGUGCACUCUGUCUAAAAGAAACCGCUGGGUUGACAGAGGGAACAUGCUUUCAAAAGCCCUCUGUUGUUCCCUCCAGAGCAGAUACUUCUUAAAUGAGGAACAGAGUUUUGCUCGGCGAUGCAAUGGGCUCAAACGGCCUUUGCCUGCUUCAGACAGGCGAAACAAAAAGACGGGGGAGACAGACGAGAAGCAACAUCCGAAAGGAGGGCCAAAGAAGAGAGAGAUUACAGUCUCCAUGUUCCAGCUGCCCAUCUUGAAUUUCAGCCCCCAGCAGGUCGCGGGGGUCUGCGAGACUCUCGAGGAGAGCGGCGACGUGGAGAGGCUCGGCCGCUUCCUCUGGUCACUCCCGGUGGCGCCGUCCGCCUGCGAAGUCCUCGGGAAGAACGAGUCUGUCCUGCGCGCGCGCGCGGUCGUGGCCUUUCACGCGGGCAACUUUCGCGAGCUCUACCACAUACUGGAGAACCACAAAUUCACAAAGGACUCACACGCGAAGCUGCAGGCGCUCUGGCUCGAGGCGCAUUACCAGGAGGCGGAGAAACUCCGUGGGCGUCCGUUAGGACCCGUGGACAAGUACCGCGUCCGAAAGAAGUUUCCACUGCCUCGGACGAUAUGGGACGGUGAACAAAAAACACACUGCUUUAAGGAGAGGACGCGUCAUCUGUUGAGAGAGUGGUACCUGCAGGACCCUUACCCGAACCCGAGCAAAAAAAGAGAGCUGGCGCAGGCGACUGGACUCACACCCACACAAGUGGGCAACUGGUUUAAAAACCGAAGGCAGAGAGACCGGGCGGCAGCGGCCAAGAACAGGCUACAGCAGCAGGUUUUGUCCGGUGGCUCGGUCCGAUCGCUGGGAGACGAUGACACCACAGUAGACCGCCUGGGUCCCGCCUCAAGCCCAGAAGUCAGUCUCUCAAGCAAGGCGGCCAUCUCCACCAUCUCCAUCACCUCCAGCGACAGUGAAUGUGACAUCUAACGUGACAGGCUUCAAAAGAGCAAACAGAAGAACUGUAAGAGACAAUCUAACAACUACAAAAAUUCAGUGCCUGCAACCGGCCCAAAGAGAGGCUAAAAUGAAGGAUGGAAAAAUAGCGUCACACAACUUCAUUUUUCAACCGUUGAUGUGAUGAAUAAAAUGCGCGGUAGGCCUACUUCUCAAGAAGACAGGUAAAAAGGGAGUUUUUGAAAGACAAAAAAAGAAAAAAAAAAGAAAAAAGAAUGUUCAAUAUCGGACGGUCAAACCUAUAGGCUAUGUGUGCGUACAUUAUCAUGAAAAGACUGAAUAAUGUUUUAAUGUCCACUUGUCCUUUUUAAUAUAUAAAUGAUGUUUAUUUGAUUAUUUAAAAUAUCAUCAGCCCCUAGUCCUUUUAUUUGUGUGCUUUUUUUAAAUCAUUUUUGCUGUGCGUAAUUCUGAGCGUUGUGAAUGUGGAAAAAAAUAACAUGAUUAAAAAAAAUAAAAUCACAGUUGAAAUAAGUACUUCGCAAUUUACCACACUUAUUUUUUACGACACUUACUCCCGUGUGUUCAGUUACAUAAUUAAUCAAAUUGAACCAUGUAGCAAAAAUGUGUUAUUUCAUGUUUAUUUUUAAUAUGACCAUGUGUCAACCCGAAACUAACAAUAUGCAGUUUAAAAUGUGAAUGUCACAUGCUGCAGAACAGAUUUGGAACAGAUGGGGAUCAAAUAUGUUGCAUGUUUUAAUGCCUCUCUGCGAGCUCAAUCUCUCUCACACUCGAGCGGUAAUUGGCUAAAACGCUUGUCGUGGUGUAAUGCGCUCUGACAGCACAGGGUCAGAGAAAGGCCGCGACGCUCUCCCCGAUGUCAACACAACCGAGCUGUGAUCUGCAGUUUAAAUAUAACCUAUAUGGCCCAAGCAAGCUUCAUACAAAUCAUUUAUCAAAGGAGUUUGGCACUGCUGCGAAUUGCUGGAAAUGUAUUAAUUGAAUGUGAUUUAGUAGCCUAAUAUUUCUAAUAACUGUAUCUUUCUUUAAAUAUGCGUCUUGGUGGCAUUGUUCGGAUGUAGCCUACAUUUUCUUUAAAUCUAUAGGUUAAUUCUUCGUUAAUUCAUCAAAAUAAAUUAAACAAUCAACUUUUAGCUUAUCAACUUUUAUUUAUAAGUUAUACAAGAUUCAACUAAUUUUAAGUCAGUUGAAAUUACUUAAAUAUCUAAGUUUAUUGUAUGCUAGCUACUUAAAAAAAUUAAGGCAUCAACUUAGAAAAAUAAUGAUUUUUAAAAACUUAUCAAAUUUUCAAAAAGAAUGGUUUGUCUUUGUCAAGUGCCAGAACUUAGCUAUACAAAAAAGGAAAAUGAUGAAACGUUUAUUAGCCUAUUAGUAUUUUUGGCCUAUAUCCUUCCAAAUGAUUCAUAUUUAGAUGAUAACAGUUUAGAUGAAAAAUAACUGUGUAUUUGAUUUUAUUUUAAAAGCACUACGGCUCUGUUUUUAGUGCUAAAAUAUGCUGAAGAUGUUUAUGUCGUAGGCCAAUUGAGUGAAUGAGUGCCCGCAAAAACACAGCGCCUCUGUUUCCCAACUGCCUGAAGGGUUCACGGCGCGCACCUGGGUUUAACCCGCGCCAUUCAUUAACGCUCCCAAUAAAAAGCACAAGCUGUAUUUUUCAAUCCUCUUUCAGUCUGAACAACGGCGGGGCCAAACCAAGUGUUCCUUCCGAGAAAAAGGACAAAAUAGGAGCCAAAGCAAGGGAGGGGAAAGGAGCACGGCUUUAUUUAAACACUGGAUACAAAAUGGUGGAGAAUUUCCGUUUCUUUUGAGUAUGGGGAGUGCAGGGUGGGACGAUGAAAAAGUCUUUUUUAGCAGUCAAUAAGGUUGUCAAAUUGGUCAACGGUAAUCAGCACUAAUGACGAGUUGGAGAGGGCCGAGCUAACAAAGAAGCCCACCCCCCUCCCCAAACACCCCCGCCCCCAAACCUCAGCAUGAAAACUCUCCGCCGGGGUUGCCAGAGGAACAGAAAUCCAAACUUUUUUCAUUUGUGUGAGUGUGUGACGUUCUGGGACGUUUAAUUGAUGAGUUCACUGUCAAGAAGUCUAUCUAAGUAGCUUAUCUAAUCUGAUAAUAACAAUAAUAAUAUAGGCUACUCAAUGAACCUUUUUUUUAUCAAUUUCGAUUGAUCAUUGAAAAAAACAAAAACAAACAAACAAACAAACAAAUAGAAAUGUAAGUUAUUUACGUUUCCAUAGUAGCCUAGUUGUCAUUCUGGAAGUGAAAUGAAAAAAAUAAAUAAAAAAAAAUAAGAUUUUUUUUUUUUUUUUAAAUAACACUAAUGUAGAAAGUUGUGUAGCUACAUACAGCCUACAUGUGUUGGUGGCAAUUUAAAAUGUACAAGUGUUGUAAAUUCCUCUUAGUGAACUUUUUUUGCUAUAUAAUUGUCAGUUGUUUGUGUAAAACUACACUUUAUUGUUUCAGUGUCUGCAAAAUUAUACUUUUUUGAACGUUGCCUUUUGUCCUUCAAUCAAAUAGCAAAUAUCCAAUUCAUUUGUCCAAACAACUGAAAACAAGCCUCUUUUUGGACAUAACUGGCUAGAUAAUGUAGGCUAUCCUAUUUGCUCAAAAAAUAAAGCGUAAAAAUAUAAAGCAAACAGCUAUUUUCUAACCGUUAACAUUGGAAAUGUGGUUCUAUAGCCAGUAGCCUGGAAAAACCCAGGCAACUUCCGACAAAUUUAGAUUUUCUCUGCAAAUCUGGCAAAGAGCUCAUUCAAUCCCAUUUCUAAUACGACGAAAGCGCGGCACCAAUCAGAAACGUUGGGGCGGGAUUUAAACGAUGAUGACAGCACAGCAACGGGGUGUGACGAUGGGUGUGAGUUGACAAUUUCAGACAGUACCGGGCAUCCUCUCAUUCACUUCACGUCUGUGGCCGUUACGCACAGCUCAGUGUUGCCGCUCCAAUUUAGGCUACCUUCAAUUAAACCUAACCUUAGUGUAAUUGACAUAAUUACUAAAAAAUAUUUAGCUACCUAAAAGUUAAAGAUUUUUUUGUGUCACACAUCCAUAUCUAUUUCCCUCACAUUAAAUAUAAAACGCAUGUGUACCUUUUCCAAUAUCUGGACUCCUUUAUUAAUGGAGUAGUAGGCCUAUAUAAACAAUAUAUUUCAAUAUAUUGGUAUAAAGGCAUUUUGAUGAGAAUUUAUAUUUCAAGUUUUUACUGCAAAUGUCGAAAUGUGCGCUCUUUGGUCCAUCAGUGCUUGAGUCACCAUUUAUUGGAAAACAUUUGGAAUAUGUCAGACAUAAUUCAAUGUAAAAUGACCACGUAUUAUCUUUUGUUUUAAGUGAGUUUUGUUUUGUAUAAAUUGUAUUUUCAUUUUAAUCAAUUUUUUCAUCAACAAAAAGAAUAUAGUUGAUAUAAUUAGGAAAUGGAGGCGCCCGCGCGUGAACUGGAGCAUCGCAUAGCUAAAUCAACCCCAUGACACUAAAACACCAUUAGCAAAACCAUGUUAGAUGCAAAAUAUUUUUGCAUCUAACAAAAGCAUUUGCAAAAGCAAUUGAAAAACCAUGCAAAAUAUUUUUUUCACAAACAUUUUUUAUCAUAGAGAAUGUUUAAAUAUUAAAUUAAGCUUAGAGGGAAAUGGAUGUGGAGUUAGUGGUUAGUGGAGAUCAAAAAUGACACUUAAGGUGCGCAAGACCGGUAAGACUAGACUGACCAAUGGCCCUGUUUUACCAGGACAUGUCCUGUUUUCAUGUCCAGCUCUAAAAAAGAUCAGCUCUACAAAAAAAUAUAGAUGGGCAAACAAGGAGUUAGAGGAAGAAAAACAAGAUAAAG